CGUGCUGAAAAGCAGGAGGCGUUUGGCGCUGGAUUUGCCGGCUCCCUUGCCUUCAACCAGCCCUCUGUAACCUCCAGGUAAACAGAUGCCCCUUUUCUAGGCAUCGCGGCAGACACAAAGGAACUCGCUUCACUUUUUUCUCCUCCUAUUUUUUUUUUUUUUUUAUGUGACCGCCUUCAUCAUUCAGCACGCCGUCCGACACUGGCCACUGAAGGCAAUGAACAUCGCUCUCUGCUUGGAUAUUCGGCCGUGUGUAUUUCACCGAGAGCGACCGGAACAGGCUUAAAUGUACUAUUGAUAAGUUUCUAACCAGAUUUAAAUGGUCGUUGCGUCAACGGAGGGAAGUCUGAGCUGCCUGCUCUCUUAAUGGACCGCUGAAUUGGUUAACGUUAAAUGACACAGCGAUGAAUGUUGUUAUCUCUCUCCCGUAAUACAAGAUAUAUAGCCUACUAUAGCUUAUCUGGAGCCGCAGCUGCCUGCCUGCCUGCCUGUCUGUCGCUUUUAUGCAUAGCCUUUGCAGGGUCAAGAUGCAGUUUCGGACUGUGCUGGACGUGAAAGUCGUGGACGUGGAGAAGAGGCGCAAUCCGUCUAAACACUACGUAUAUCUCAUCAAUGUCACCUACUCUGACAACACCUCCCACAUCAUCUACAGAAGAUACAGCAAAUUCUUUGACCUACAGAUGCAGAUACUUGACAAGUUCCCAAUUGAGGGAGGGCAGAAAGACCCAAAGAAGAGGAUCAUCCCAUUUCUCCCAGGCAAAAUCCUGUUCCGGAGGAGUCAUGUGCGAGACGUGGCCAUGAAGCGGCUGCGUUUCAUCGACGACUACUGCAGGGCGCUGGUGCGACUUCCCCCUCAGAUCUCUCAGAGUGAGGAAGUGCUGCGCUUCUUUGAGACAAAAGCUGAGGACGCCAACCCCCCAGUGGAGGACUAUGGCUCCAAGCGCAAGUCGGUAUGGAUGUACGGCUUUACAGACAGCCCGAGGAAAGAGGCCUCAGGGAUUGACAGCUCGGAGCCCAUGGUGCUGGAGCAGUACGUGGCUGUGGCCAACUACGAGAGGCAGGAGAACUCGGAGAUCAGCCUCAAGGCCGGCGAGACGGUGGACGUGAUUGAGAAGAGUGAAAGUGGUUGGUGGUUUGUCAGCACAGCAGAGGAGCAGGGCUGGGUGCCGGCCACAUACCUGGACUCCCAGAAUGUAACUAGAGACGAUUUGGAUCUGGGCACUUCCAGGACUGGAGAAGUUACUAAGAGACGCAAGGCGCAUCUGAAGAGGCUGGACCGCCGCUGGACCCUCGGGGGUAUAGUCAACCGCCAGCAGAGCAGAGAGGAGAAAUACAUGACCAUACAGCCGCACACCAGUCAGGGGAAGGAUGAAGUCAGCUUUGAGAAAGGCGUCACCGUGGAGGUGAUCCAGAAGAACUUGGAGGGCUGGUGGUACAUCAGAUACUUAGGGAAAGAGGGCUGGGCCCCUGCCUCCUACUUGAAAAAGGUGAAAGAGGACUUCUCCCCCCGCAAGAAGACCCUGACAGGCCCCGUGGAGAUCAUCGGCAACAUCAUGGAGAUCAGCAACCUGUUACAAAAGAAGUCGGUCAGCGAGAAGGACAUCCAGACAGACGGAGAGGGUAGCACCACGCCCGAGCGCCACAUCUCCAAGAGCGAGAUCAGCCUGCCCAUGCCCUAUAACUCUGAAAUCAAUGCUGAGACGGGCAGGAGGCUGAGUGCCGGCCGUGACACCAACAGCCCAUGUCUGGGAAUAGCAGCGAGUGCUGCCCUAAAUGAAAAUAAAGGGAGGGGCGAGCCAGGGUCCCCAGCUGUUGCCAGAGUGGCACCUCAUAGAGUGGAAAUUGGCUUUGAUGCUAUAGGGUCUCCAAAUCUGAGACAAAAACCUCCCCCACGAAGAGAAACCAACUUGGGAUUCCAGUUACCCAAGCCACCAGAGCCCCCUGCUGUGGAAGCAGAAUAUUACACUAUAGCAGAUUUCCAGUCCUCAAUCUCCGAUGGCAUCAGUUUCCGUGGAGGACAAAAAGCUGAUGUGAUAGAAAAGAACCCUGGAGGCUGGUGGUAUGUGCAGAUUGGAGAGAUGGAGGGCUGGGCCCCCUGCUCCUACAUCGACAAGCGUAAGAAGCCCAACCUCAGCCGUCGGACCAGCACCCUGACCCGGCCCAAAGUCCCACCGCCAGCUCCGCCUGUCAAAAAACAAGAGUCUGAGGAGGCUCCCCGUCCUGCUAACUCUGCCUCUACAGUUUCAGAGCCGGCUAGCAGGCCUGUGUACGAGGAACCUGAAUAUGAUGUUCCUGCAAUUGGAUGUGAAGGUGAAUCAGACACAGAUUCCCUAAAGGAUGAGCGCGCCCUGGAUGUGAAGAUCAGCAACGUGGUCAGCGACAAGUACCGCUGCUCCCCUCCUUCCUGCAAGGCCUCUCCUCCUGUCUGCAAGGCGUCCCCUGUGUUCACUCAUCGAAGAGCGUCUUUCAAGUCUGUAGAGGAGGUUGCAAAAGAGGAGUGUAUUUAUGAGAAUGACGGCUUCAGGCCAAGCAGUAGUGUUGAAAGAACUUCAGUCAAAGGUUCCAGUGAGCCAAAUUCCCCAAGGAGCUACCGUUCUUCCACAGUCCCACGCAAGCCCUCAGGAUCUUCACCUGUAGCUGGUAGACCCAUGAAGACCAUGACGCCAGAGAUGAACCGGAGAAGCCAGACCCUGGGCAGACACAUAGAUAUCAGCCUCAGGUCGCAGGACAACAGCCCCCACUCUUCAUCAGAUGAAUUGAGCAGAGGCCCCAAGAAAGGUCCUGUCUUAAGCCGGGAUGUGGAGCAGAGAAUAGGUCAGAGCCCCUCCACCAGGCCCAAGCCUUCUGUCAGACCUAAACCACUCCUGACCAAAUCAGAACCCCAGAGUCCUGAGAGGAUGGACAUCAGCUCUUUGAGACGGCAGCUGAGGCCUACAAGUCAGUUCCGGCCUCAUGGCCUCAAACCUACUCGUGGGGACGACUCUGAAACAGCCUCCGUCAUCUCAUCAGAGGACUCGAUGUGUUCGCGCAGUACCUCAGAUCUCUCUUCGGUUUACUCCAAAGGGAGCCGUGGUGACUCAGACGUGGAAGGCCCCAAUCUCUACCGCUCCCUGGAUGCCUAUAAGAAGGUCCAGGACUCUGAGAUCAGCUUUCCAGCCAGGGUGGAGGUUGAGGUUCUGGAGAAGCAGGAGAGCGGUUGGUGGUACAUCCGAUGGGGAUCCGAGGAGGGCUGGGCUCCCUCGUACUACCUGGAACCUGUCCGACAAGUUGGCGAUGCAGGUGGGUUGGACCUAGAUGGACACGGGAGUGGGGGGAGUAAGUCCAACAGCCUGGAGAAAAACGAGCAGCACGUUUUGGCCCUCAAUAACAUCAAUAUCCAAGGUCUGAGCCAACAGCAUCAAGGCAUGAGAAGGAACACUCCGCCAAUUCCUUCCAAGCCUCCGGGUGGCUUCUCGAAGCCGUCAGGGAUGGUUAAUGGAGGUGUUCGGAUGAGGAACGGGGUUCGCCAGGUGGCAGUGAGGCCUCAGUCUGUAUUUGUGACCACAACACAGCCAGCCAAGGAUUCUCACUACAUGACAGGGUCUCUGAGACGAAAUGACUCUCUCGGCAGAAAUGAUCACUAUGGCUCUGGUUCUGCCACCCUUGGUGUCCGCCGAAAUGCCUCCUUCAGCACGGUGCGGCCACAUGUGGUUGUUGAAAGUCAGUCGAGGCCUGCCGAGCGCUCCGGCCUGGGGUCCUCAGGGAGCGCAUUCAGCACAAGUAAUGUCCAGGACGCCCUUAGCAGAGUUAACCAACGCAACGGCAUCCCUGUGUCCACAGUUCGACCCAAGCCCAUAGAGAAGAGCCAACUGAUCCACAAUAACCUUGGCAGGGAUGUGUACGUGUCCAUCGCUGACUAUCGUGGUGAUGAGGAAACAAUGGGUUUUACUGAGGGCACCUGUCUGGAGGUGCUGGAAAGAAACCCCAAUGGUUGGUGGUACUGCCAGGUGCAGGACAGCCUGCUUCCCCGCAAGGGCUGGGUCCCCUCCAACUACCUAGAGCGGAAAAAAUAAAACCAACCCCACAUUCUUCCCCUACCCUUCCCCCCACCUCCCCCUUUUGAUGUCUCCAAGGACGUCGGUGGCAUCACUCUUUAAGAAUGUUACCUGCAGUCUCCCGUAAGCAAUAUGUCCUUGAAAAAUGUACAUUCAUGACUGCGUGUAAAAAGAAAGAUGUUUAAUCUGAUGAGGAAGGACACUUUUAGUGCUGGUUUACUAAAAUGUAUACGAAGAGGAGUGUAAAGAUUUUAAAUAUUUGAGAGACAUAAAUGUGGGAUUGGUCAUUCUUGGGUGACGACAUUUGAAGAGGACAAUGUCUUUGAGAUAACAUGGUAUGAAUGGGAGUGAUAACCUCUUAAAGAGGUUUGCGUCAUGUAAUACAGACGUUGAGCAGGGUAUUGGUUAUGCUUAUUCCUGCCCAUCACUGAGUCUGAUGGUCGAUAAGUGCCUUUUGUAUUUGAUCACCUGAAUGGAGGUCCUAAAUGGUGGAUGGCAAAACAUGAAAUCAACCAAAUCUUUUAAGAGUGCCAUAGGCCUAUGAACACCACCAAGAAUAAUUCCAUACCCAGUUAAGAGCGCCACUAUAGAGUGCAAACAAAGUGCAAAGUUUCGAUCUAGAGUUCUUUAAUUGGUCCAACGCAGAUUAAAGAAAGAAAAACAGAGAUUUAAGUGACUCAGUCACCAGAGAAUUGAUUUGUUUCAAGCCAAACUAAAAGAACUUUUUAAUCUCGUUAUCAGUUUUUUUUUUUUUCGUUUCAUUGUUCAUGUUAUAAUGCCUUGUGUUGGUGCAAGUCUUCCUUAGAGAAUUAUUUCUGCUUUCUUGUGACAUCUGUUUAUCCACCGACAGCCUCGAAUUGGAAAAGUUAAAGCUCCUGCCUCAUGUCAUGUACCAGCUGACACUGGUAAAAUAUACAGGAUUCAGGUGCUCAGGUUUCAUAAAUUGGCUUAGUUUUGUCGUAGAUCAUCAAGCCCCAGAAAAAUAUGUUAAUAUUCAUGCUUUUAAUCCCAGAUGUAACUAUCUGGGAUAACAAAUGUAUUAAAAGAAAACCUGUGAAACUUGAAAAUAACAGUUGCAUGUUUUAGUUUUCUGGAAAUUCAAAGGAACAACUUGUAACUUGUAACAAAACCACCUCAUAUCUUGGUAGUUAACAACCUAAUAGGAAAAAAUAGGAAAACAAUUAGUUUACAAAGGUUUAGGUUUACUGUAGUGGGUAGUUCCAGGAAUAUUUGAUUUGUAUAUAUUUUGUUUUGUAUACAUAUAAUAAUACCACUGUUGUGGAGAUGUAUUGAAUACGUACUGGAAAUGCGGUGAAAUAAUUGAAUCCCAGGGACAUAUUUGCAUAGCAUUUAUCCCAAAAUGUGAUCAAACCAAAGAGAAAUGUCAUUUCAUUGGCAAUUUUUCGUGAUUUUACUAUUUAUUUAUGGUACAAGUAAUACAGUUUAUUCAACAACAUGCCUAAAACGAGAAAAAAACAAUACCUGGAAGCACACAUUUUCUCAAAAUAGAAAUCUAUGAAACUAGAAGUAAACAAGUAACUUGUAAUAGAUAUUGCGGUGCAGUAUGGGUUUUGACAUUAAAUAGAAGACAUAGUGUAUCAAUUUGUUUCAAAGUUUAGGGAUUUUUUUCACAUCUUCCAAAUUAUAGUUAGGUUUUAUAUAAUAUAUUAUAAGAUCAUAACUUACCAAUCACCUAAAAAUACCAAGUCAGAAAUAAUUCUCCCCAAAUGCAGAAAUAAAAUUUCUGAGCUAAAAUCCAACUUUCAAAAUUCAAAUGGCUGAUGUUCAAGACUGCUGAAAUACAUUUUCUAAUGAGCGGUGUGAGCUCUCUGUAUGAGGCUGAACACUAACUCUUUAUUAUGUUUCUGCUGGACAGUAUCACAGUAUUAAAGUACAGUACCUGCUAGAUCGCAGUUAUCUAUUUUAGCGAAAACCAUAUUUGUUUUUUGUUUGUCAAUCUGUUACUCUGUGAUCACACAGCGGCAAUAACGAGGAACGAAGUGGUUCUGUUUUGUGAAUUAGUGCCCUUUAAACCUGUUUUAACGGUGCAUUAAUGUAAAGAUGCAGUAAAUACUCAGCAUAUUAUUUAUUGAAUAUGUUUUGGUAAUUAUUUAAUUGCUCUCUUUUUUUUCCCCCUCACCUCAAAUGAGAGGUGGAACUCUGUAAUGAGUUCUCUAUAUGGCAGUGGCCAUGCCAAAGUUGGACUAGAAUUGGAGAAAUAGAGAUCUCUUGUGGGAGGUCAAAGGUACUACAACAGGAUUGUUAUCCCAUCCACAAGGCUUACCAGCCAUCCUACCUCAGUGCAAUAAGAAAUGCACUGCUGGUCAGUGAGUCUCACUAAAAAAAACUGUACAGCAUUUUUCUUUUUUUUCUUUGAAAGCUCAGUGCAGCUAAAAUAUUUUUGUAGCACGUGUCUUGUAUUCGAACAUAAUUUAUUUUUUUGAAAAAUUGAAAAGUUUCCCUUUUUUCCCCUCUAUGCUGUGUGCUGCAACUUUAGCAAAUCAUGGGCACUUCCUUCAUCUUUAUUGUGCUUUACAUAAUGCCUGAUUUUAUGUGUAUUUAUUAUAAAUAGUUGUAUUUCUUAUUAUGGUUUGACAAUCACCUUAUUCCCCCACUCAAAAUAUUAAUGUAAAGCAUUGUACAGAUUAUCCUUGUCACACAAAUUGGACUUCACUCACCUUAGUAUGCAAAAUGCUCACCCAGCAGUCAACAAAAAAAAAAUCGACAUAAAAUGACAUAAUUUAGUCAAAUAUGUGAGGAAUUUCCAUUCAUUAUGGUAUAUGAAAAUUAAAAAGCUAACCAUGUAAGUACCUAAAAAUAAUAAGAUUAAGAAUUAGGAUUUUGAUACUUGCUGUCCGGCAACAAGGCCCCUUCCCAUCGAGACGAAGGCAUUAUGUAAAUGUGUUCAAUCACUUUGUACAUUUCGCUCCAGCACAGAUUAUAAUUGCAUAUUGCUUGUUUUUUUGAUUUGGGCUGAAUUUACUUGGCUGAAAUAGCAAGGGAAUCGUUCUGUAUCAAGCAUACAUUUAGCUGUGUAGCAUCUAUCUUUAUUCAUGCUUUUAUCUUCUUUCUUUUUUUUCUUAUUUCCUCUUUUUGUCAAAUUCUGAAAUGUACCCGCGAGGAAAUGUGCAAUAGAUAAGAAACACAUCAUGCUUCAACAAGAGGAAAAAUAUCACAGGUCUAGGAAAAAAAAAACGUGAACCAUGCCAUUACAUCUGUUGGGAGUAGAUAUUCCCAGUCAAACUGCCAGUCAUGAGCUUUUGCCAUCAUUUCAAGUGUAUCAUUUUAAGUCAAUCUUGAAGAGCAGAUGUGACAUGCUCU